CACAGGGUCUUAAAGUAGCGCAAGGGGUUGUCAUAGCUGACAUUUCCCGCGAAACUCCAGUGACUUUCUUUCUUGUUUGGUACAGUAGUGGAAUCUGUAAUUAAUAUUAGUUUACAGUUAUUUAGAGCAACUUUUUCAAGACCGUCAACAAAUAUGGAGCAAGAAAUGAUCAGAAGAUUGGCAUCUAAAUUGGGAAUAACUGUUGUUAAAAUAAUCUCGAAAGCAGAAGAGUACCUCCGGCUGUCGCAGGUGAAAUGCACAGGGCUGUCCGCACAUACAACAGCAACCAGCAAUGCGGUCAUGUGUCUGGACCUGGCAGCAACAUCAAUGAAACACCCAGUAGACAAAGAGUAUGUGGUGAAGCUGUCUGGAUUAAAUAAGAAGAUCUACCAGAGCCAUUUGAAGUCCCUGGAGUGCAUGCUGGGUCUGCAGACCCAAAUGGGGAUCCGAGACUUGGCUGUUCAGCAUGGCUGCACAGAGGCAGUGAAUACAGCAGUGAAGAUACUGCACAGAUAUGAAUCCAGUCUACCUGAAGCACAGCAAAGUGGAUUGGAUUUAUCGAAGCUGCUUUUUACCACUGCAGCAUUGUUCACAGCAUGCAAGUGUAUGAAAAUCAAAGUUGAUAAGACGAAAUUGACAGCCACCUCCGGUGCUAAGAAGGGCAUCUUUGAACGACUCUGCACCCAACUGGAAAAGUUUGGACAGCAAAUUUGCAGUGAAUCUGCUGAACAGAUCAUAUCAGUAAAAACAACCAGCAAAAGACAGAAGACAUUGCUUGAGUGCAUAGAGAACAAAGAAGAAGAGACAGCAACCAUGCCUAAACAGCAAAAGUCUGAAGAAUCUGUCAAGCAAGACUAUGAAGAAUGGAAGAGAAAAAUCUUGGAAAAUGCAGCCAAAGCCAAGAAAGUGGAUACCUGCUGAGAUGAUUGACCUAAGCCACAAUUUCUUUCACUUUUUACAAGUGCCCAAUUUGAUGAUGUUUUAAACCAGUAAGUUUUUAUUUUGUGUCCGUAUUAGUAAAGGAGUUGCAAAUCAGACUUUGUUGACUCCUUAAGUACAGAUAGCUCUAAAGAACACUGAGUGUACAAAUUGAUAAAAUCUGAGAUGGAAGACAGUUGUCUUCAGGUAUACUUGAUGCAUCCUCUAGUUAGAUAUUUUAUGUACUUCAGUUUAUCGGUCAUUCUGCAAUCGGUGGCUGUGCUAUACUGUCAGUGCAGAUGUCUGUUUAUUGAAAGUGUGCUGUAUCCCGUUAUCGCAGGAUUUGAAAUCCCAAUGGAAGUGAAUGGUGGAGUAUCACUAUAUAUUUUUAAUAUUGCUUUUACUAAUGUAUUUACAUUGUUCAUUUGCUGUAUACACAAAUGUUCAUAUGUAUAUUGAUUGCUGUUUUAAUUCUUGUUUUCUCAUUUCUAAAUCUAUUUAUGAACCAUUAAUUAAGUGAUGCCUAUCUCGUUUUGUUUUUAUUGGAUAAAACAUUUUAAUAAAAUAGGAGUCUGAUUUUU